AUGGGAAAGCGCAAGAAGUCGUCGAGAGGCCCUCAGGGUCCAAAAAGGGCCGACCCUCUACCUACUGUUUUCACCUGUCUCUUCUGCAAUCACGAGAGCUCAGUUACGGUCAAGCUGGACAAGAAGGCUGGUGUUGGCCAACUGGACUGUCGCGUGUGCGGGCAGAAGUUCCAAUGCGCCGUCAACUGUACGUUCGCUUUCGCAUUCACUGGAUCAAUCAUUGACAUUGCCUUCUUUUGCGUAGAUCUCUCUGCCGCUGUUGAUGUCUAUGGCGAAUGGGUCGAUGCCGCAGAUGCGGUUGCCAAGGAAGAUAGCAGCGCCCAAGGAUACGCGGGUACAGCCAGACCUCCUGGGCGAAGAUUGACGAGUAAAGCCGCAGCAGGCGACGAUGACGAUGACCGAUACGAUGGCGAGGGCAUUGUGGGCGACGACGAGAUAUGA